AUGGACCAAUUCCUGUUUGAGCUCGGAAUAGCGGUGUCAGAGCUGGUGACUGGCCCGCAUGUGACCUUCGUAGAUCCCAGGAAACACGACGACACACGCGCAAUGGUAGAUCACGCGAAGCGACUUUACAAGAUGUUCAAGGCCCAAGGAAUCCGCCCGGAAUAUAUUGUGUUCAGCAUUCCAGCAACCGAAGCGGGAAUAAUGGCUGCUCGGGAGCUCAGCACGAAGUACAACUUGAAUGUUAAUUUGUACUUGGUUUCGAGCCUUGUACACGCGAUGGCUUGUGCCGAAGCUGGAGCGGCGGCGGUAUCGAUUCCUAUUGGUCAGUUGCUUAAUUGGAAUGAACGGCGUCGGAAUGCCGCGCACGUUGACCUCGAAUUUCACCCUGGAAUCGAGGCCAUCCAAACUAUCCUGGCGUAUUUCAGACUCAACGAGAUCAAGACCAAGCUCAUCGGUACUGAUUUCCGGAAAUUCACAGAAAUGGGUCUACUUGGCGACUUUGACGCCGUGUGUGUAUCAGAAUACCAGGUCGAUAGAUUGCGAUGGAGUACAGUUCCCACCAGCUGGGGUGAAGCCUCGUCAUCCGUCUUGCUAAGGGCGGGGCAGGCGCAAUAUCCGACAAAUUUCCUGACCGUUGAGGGCGGAUUUUUAAAGCUCCUAUCACCGGACUCACGGAACUUGAUCAAGGACAUCCUGGAUGGAGGUUUGAAGGAACUCAAGGAGGAGAUGAAAAAAAUCGAAGCCGCUGUAGUUUCGGAGGUCGACAGGCAGUUCAAGGUGGGAACCAUGAAACUGAAGGAACUAUAUCCCAAGCCGAAGGAGAAGAAGACAGGCACACCGCCUAGCCUUGAUAAGGUUCUUGAGACUAGGAACGUCGCAAAAGAUCCAGCAAGGGAAGAGCUGCUUGCGAUCAUGGAGUGCAUUCUAGGCACUGACUUUAGGGAUUCAGACAAGGUCUUUUAG